CAUUUUCUGUGUGUGUGUGUUUUGGCUGAUUUAUUAGAUUUUUCUGCUUUCAUUUUUUCAUAUUACACUGUUUUGCAUGUCUUCAUAGUGUUCAUUUCGCACUGUGCUGUGUACUAUACAUUCUCCAUGUUAUCACUGUAUUGUUUUUUUUAAUGAGAAACCCAACGCAACAGAAUAAGGUGUUGGAAAAGUCAAAAAGAUUGUAAAAUUCUAACCCGGCCUACCUAGUGGCUCCGCCUAUUAACUGUACUGUCCUGGAUAAAAGUAUUGAAUUCUCAUUGAAUAGUUGUCAUGCUAUAUUUAGCACAAUGCCCUAAAUUAUUGUCCUCGUAUGAUAAAGUAGGAGUUCAUUCCGAAGAUGGCGUCUAAUACCAGUGGUCGUUACGAGCCAGUACGACGUGAUAUUGAUAUUAGCCGAACUGAUGGAACCAAGAAAAUGGGGUGCGCAGAGUGUAUGAACAAGACGCCCUAUGCCUCUGUGAUCGCCAUGAUCAUGGUGUGCAUCGGGGCUGGGGUAUUCUGUGGUACAUUCUACGAGGCCAUCGAACUCACUGCCCAGAGGAUUUUUUAUGAUAUGCUGGAGCUGGAAAGUCAUGCAGAAUGGCUUGGAUAUAUGAAAAUCAUUGGCAUCAUUAUUGCUGUGGUGAUGGUUGGCCUGGCCGUCAUCUUCUUCAUAUUUGGUUACCUAGCAACCGGAGCAACAAGGAAAAAUGUGUACACUGGAGCCAGGUGCAUUAUGGGAGGAAGAGUUUCAGCAAUUUUUUUCAUGGUGUUAGCAUAUACGAUGAAUGUGUGCUGGACGAUUCUCUCCGGUGUCUUGGUUAUCCCCAUCAUGGCUUACAUGAUGGUGCGGUCGAUCUGUGCAGAAGAAGUAUAUGAGAAAAUAUUAGAACGGCCACAGUAUCCUGACAAUGUCAAAUACUGUCUUCAAUUGGCACAAUUUGGUGUGUACCACAACACGACGAUAUACCCAGGAACGAAAAAUACGUUCUGUGAUGAGGACAUGAGAACUCUGUGUCGUUAUAUCGAGAUCGCAGGACCAUGGUUCAUCGUUGCAUAUGGUGGCGUCAUUAUCAUGUGUCUUGGUUUGUGCCAAUUCUUGAUUGUUUUGGCGUCGAAUUACACGAAAAUCAAGAUGUCGAAAGAAAUGACAGAAUAUCGGAACGCUAUCGACGGAUCGGGUGUUCAUGAGCUCGAUAAUAUAAUGGGUAGCUCGAACAAGAAAAUGGGAUACUAAGGGAAUGAUUCUCAAAAACUUAAAGUUUUUUUCGGAACUUUUUUGCCAAAGGUGAAUGAAUUCAUAAGGUCUGGUUAGUCUAAAGGAACCACUUACUUAGAAAGAUCAGAUUUUGUGUUUGACAUCAGUCCAAGAGGAAUGAACAAAAAGGUAUAUCAUGACAUAGAUUUAAGGCAGCAGCUUGGAUUUUGGAGCCAGAUGCCAAUAAAUAUCUGGUUGAAAUAUUCACCACCAUAUUAUGAAAAUUUAAUCAUUCCUGAUCGGCCCUUCAAUGCAGGGACUAAGCCAGGCUGUCGUACCAAGAGAAAUUAAAAGUACCUCGCUACGAAAAUUCAGCAUUUGCACCAAGGGUUUAAGAGUGUACAUUUCAGUGAGCAGUUGAAAGGCUUGCAAUAGCGUUACCCGGUACCUAUUACUAAAAAAACUUCUGGCUUGGUCACUGAGCAUGAAAGGAUACAUAUAUGUCAUAUUUAUCAUUUCACUUCAGACAAGUAUAGACUAUUCCUUCCACCUGUCUAGAUUGCGUCCAUAUAUCAUACCUUUAUUUUCAAACAUUCCAGAAUGUUAUUAUGGAUAUUUUCAAGUAUAAUAUCAUUUAUUACUCUUCUUGAUAGUAUAUAUGAAGGGUUAGGGAUUAAGAAAAUUUUCAUUCAAAUCUACUUUGUUCUAAAGAGGAUCACAGUUUAUCCAAGUGUAUUUGCAAAUUGAAUUAUUCCGUCUCUAAUUCUAGAGUCCAGAAACACACGUUUUAAUUCGAGCCAUCAAAAGGUUGUAUAUUUUAGAAACAUUCCAACCCAGAAUUUUGUGGGGGAAUAAAUGCAUUUCUCAUGUCUGUCAAUUUCACUUAACUCAUUCAGUGCCGAUAAUUUAUUUUGAUAAUCAACUUGGUUGUCCUGUGCAAUUUCAGUAAAUGUUGAAUUCAGACCCUCUUCAAUUUUAGGCGGUGUCAGUUAAGUUAUGCAGUGGAAUAUCAGAGUAACUUGUUCAAUAUGACUCAGAAGUGGUAAUGAAGCUGAAGUUUCGUUUUAGGUCAGUGUUCAGACUAUCACUUUAACUUUCCGUCAUUCCUGAACUACAUGUAGUUGUGUAUAUGAAUUUCUGUAGUUGGGACAACAUUUCGAAGUAUGUAACUCUGCAUCUAAACUAAUACUGUAAGUUUCAGUGAUUGUAUUCUAACUGUCCUCUGCUCAACACUAGUGCUGAAUGAGUUAUCGAAAAAAUCUUUUCAUAUUAGUGAAAUAUAUGUUCAGUUACAUGUAGUUGCACUUGGUAUAAUUGCUUAUGAAAUAUUUUACUCUUCGUCCAGUAGUGGAGCAUUCCAGAUUUUGUAAACAAACUCUUGACAUAUUUUGAGAACUUUUAUACUACAUUAAUAUACAUAUCAAAAUAAUGUCUGUAAAAUUGUAUUUGUACUGUAUAUAUAUUGAAAUAUUGUAAAUGCUUUCCAUUUACAUGUAUAUUGUUGUAGAUACCUAUUGCACUUGAGUAUUGAAGCUUGAGGAGUCAAUGAUAGAUGACUCUAUGUGCGCGUGGUUGUGGACAUGAGAAUACUCAUUGUUGAACACAAAAAAAUACAUUGUAAGAAACUCUUUGCAUUUGAUGUACUAGGUGUUUCUGAAAAUAUUUGACACUUUUGAUUUCAUAUUUAUAUCUCUGUGACAUAAGUUGAUAAACAUUUUCACUUACUCACAAUUUAAAUUGCAUGUGACAGAAAUCGCUUGUUUGCAUUGGUCAUCGCAUGUUGCUGUGACCUGCGAUUCUGUUAAAGCUAGCCAUUGGCGGUUUUACCCGCAGAUGUGAGAUUUUUUUGUCCAACUAAGCAGCAAUUAUAAUCACAGCUAACUGCAAAGUGCUUGUUUGUGCUCUGCUUUUGUUUCGGUGGUACCACUAUUGAAAGAUUAUAAAACUGUUUGUUACAUGUACAAUGUACAUGUUUGUGUAUCGAUUGGACAUAUGGUAAUAUGGAAUAGGUAAAUCAUGUGAGCACAGAUGUAUUAAGUGAUUAUUGUUGAAAAAACGUCCACCAAAAAGUAUGACUUUUCUGCUGAUACUGUUCCCAAUUUGCUGAUAUUUAUGUACUGGUAUGGUAGUGUAUCAAAUUCAAAUCUCCGUCUGAAAAAAUUGGCCCCGUCCUGUCAGUUCUGAACACUACAUUGUCCUCUGGUUAUGUCUGAAGGUACAUUCCUUUUCUUCUUGACAUCUUAACUGUUACCAUGUCCAUAAAUGUAUGCAAUUAUUCAUCCUAGUGUUCAAUAAAGAAACUUUGUAUCAGUGAAAUUAA